CACAAUGGAUAAUCAAGAUAAAAUAAUAAUAGCGUAAUAACGCUGUCAUAAGGUCAUUCAUUGAAAUGGCUAAAGCACCGGUGACUCUGAAAUUCGCGAAUUUUCAAACUGAUAAUAUAUUUUCGAAAUGGUUCCGGAUCUUGACUUACGUUGGAUGCAACUCCUUGUACUUGAAGGAUGGGAUUGUACGAUGGAGCCGGAUCGGUCAUGUGUACCCGAUGCUUACAUUGUUGCUGAACGCGCUUUUGAUCGUGUAUUCAAUCUAUAAAACAGUUUUCGAUCCGCCUCGACGUGAAUCGUUCCUACUCCGGUAUUUAAAGUGUUUCCAAAACAUCGUGUUUUAUUUACUGCCAAUCUUGUUUUACGUGUUUAUGCAUUUCAAAGUUAAUAAUUGGAAUCGUUUGAUCGAACUGUUGCGUAACGUUGAGAUACUUUUCGGCUUCCGCACUAAAGUCCGUUUGGAAUUGUUUCUUUUAGCGGCAGCACCUACAAUAAUCGGUGCGACAGUCGAAAUGUUUAUUUUUUUUGAAAGAGUAGUGCUGGAAGGCUUUAUGGAAAUUUACACAAUUUUGUCGUUCGUGGUUUCUUUUUUUGCAAUUAACUUCUACUAUGUCAUAUUGAAAAUAAUUCGCCAACAUUUUGAACGAAGUAAAAUGAAAAUCAGUAAACUCGACCACGAUUUGAUGAACGAUGUGAUGAAAAUUGUCAAUACGUUGUUGAUCGCAUGCUCAGAAGUGAACGCAAUUUACGGACCACAGAUACUCGUUUCUUUAUUCUGCUAUUUUCUUCUUCUAACGGCAGAAAUAUAUUCAAUUAUUUGCACUGCUGGAAAAAUUACAACCACAGAAUCGUUGAUUAGUUUUACUUGGGCGUACUCGUAUUUUAUUCAGAUAGCGGUACUCAUCUAUUCCAGUGCUGAAGCUACAAAACAGGCAAACGAAUUCAACGAAACUUUAUACAGAAUGAUAAUGGCUGAUAAGAACGACGUGUUUAGCAGAAACUACAAAGUUAACACGCACUUGGCAAACCAGAAAACCGCUGUUUUCACCGCCUGCGGAUGGUUCACGAUUGACUACACAACCUCUUGUUCGAUGAUAGCGACAUCGGCCACUUACUUGAUUAUACUCCUACAAAUGGGAGGGACGAGUCUCGGGGAAGAACCGGAAGAAUAAUCUUUAAACACUUGUAAAUUUUAAGAACAUUUCAACGAUGUUUGUGUUUUUGAUUUUGUAAUGUUUAAAACAUCUUUUGACAAUGUAAAAUCCGUUGAAAUCAUAUAACUAAAGAUAAAUUUUAAAGGGCAACAUCGUAAUUAUUAUUUAACAAUUUAUAAUUGUAACAUUACAUUUCUUCGACAAACCUGACUUAUUGUAAAUAACUGCAAUAUUAUGUUUUA